AUGCGGGCCUACGAGUACGAGACCAAUGGUUACCACCGGGAAGUGGAAGAUGAGUACGGAGACGAGUACUAUGAUCAAGAUGAGUAUGAGGAGGAGGGUUUGGGUGCUGGGGAUGAGUAUGUUGAGGAGGAAGAACCUACAGAGGGACAAAAGGAGAUCCUUGAAUUGAGAGAACGAUUAAAAGAGCAGAUUAGGCGAAAGGCAAAGGCUGCUGCUGCCUGCACGGCUGGCCGCUCGUCUUCUUCACAAAUACCUCAAGCCAGGGACAAAUUUGGCUCUUUCUUUGGGCCAUCCAAGCCGGUGAUUUCUCGUCGAGUGAUUGAAGAAAGAAAAUCAUUGAAAGAACUGCAUAGCACAAUUGCAAGGGAGCCAAGGCCUUCUGGAGUACAUAAGGAUAUUCCAUCAUCCUCUAAAGUGCAAAGUAAAGGGAAUGGACAUCAGCAUAAACAGAAGAUUGUUAAUCAGGUAAAGAGGAAGGUUGAGGCACUUAAGGAUAACCGUGAUUAUUCAUUUCUACUCUCGGAUGAUGCUGACCUUUCACCCUCUCCAAAGGAGAAACCUGCUGCUAGAUCUUCCUUGACUCAAAGGGCUGAUCGCGAGGUGAUGCAAUCAACAGUAAAGAGCAAGGCACCAACAAGUCAACCUGCACGUUUAUCAAAUGGAUAUGGACCAAAGAACACAAUAUCAACUCAAAGGCAUGCUGAAGGUAGGGUAGAUUCCAUGAGAAAGGAGGCUUUCUUGAAUAGAGAAAGGGUUGUUUCACGUGAAAAUGAGAGGGCGCAUAGUAUUGCAAGAAAUGGAUCCAACCAGGCAAGCACUAGCAAAACCACAAUCCAAAAGCUUCCAAGCAGAGGUCCUAUUGCUAAUAAGCAACCUUCCAAGGAUUUGAAUGAUGCAACUCUGCGGAAGAGCAGUGUAGCCUCGAAGCACCAUCUCUCAGAGAUUGACAGACCAAAAUCCUCUCAAAGUCAGAGGAUGCAGUCAGCUGGUCAGAGACCACAGCAUUCUUCCCACGGUCAGAGGCCACAUCAAUCCACGGAGCAUAGGCCGCAGCAGUCAUUGCAGAGUCGGAGGCCACAGCAAAUGACACAGGGUCAGAAACCACAACAGUCUUUGCAGAGUCAAAGGACUCAACAGUCCUUGCAGAAUCAAAGGCCACAGCAGUCCUCACAUAUUCAGAAAUCGCAAUCCUCACAAACACACAGACCACAGUCCCUACAAGGACAAAGGCCUCUUUCUUCGAAGGGUCAAUAUUCGGAGCAAAGAAGAGUACAGGCAAAUGAUAGAGUCAAACAAGCUGAAAGGCUGAUUCGGCCUCCCUCGAAGUCCAUGCCAUCUCGGCCAGUCUCUUCCAAUGGAAUUCGUGAUGAUCAUGCAAAGAGAAAGCAAGUGGCAAAAAGAAGAUUUGAUGAAGAUGAAGAUGAGGAAGAUCCCUUUGCAAUGAUCAGAAAUAUGUUCGGGUAUGAUCCUAGUAGAUAUGCAGGCAGAGAUGAGGAUGUCAGUGACAUGGAAGCCGAUUUUGCUACUAUAGAAAUGGAAGAGAAAAGAAGCGCGAGGAUUGCUAGGCAGGAGGAUGAAGAGCAACUUCGCUUGAUUGAGGAAGAAGAGAGACGCGAGCAGGAGAGGAAGAGGCGAAAGAUGGCACGAGGCCGAUAG